AUAGGCUGCCCAUUUGUCCCACCGAGAGCAGUACGUAAGAGAAUCACUCACUCGGUCCGUGAGCACCUUCUUAACUUAUUUCUGGAGCGCAGUCGUCGGUGCGGUCCAUUUCUUUCUGUACUUCUUCAGGUUUGUGUGCGUUUGGCGCGUGCUUCAACCAUCAAAAUGGUAGCCCUAAAAAAACAGAAAAAGACCAUGGAGGGUAUCAACUCCAGGCUGGCUUUGGUCAUGAAAUCGGGGAAGUAUGUCUUGGGGUACAAACAAACGCUCAAGUCUUUACGUCAGGGCAAAGCCAAACUUGUCAUCAUCGCAAACAAUACCCCCCCUUUGAGAAAAUCAGAAAUCGAGUACUAUGCCAUGUUGGCUAAAACAGGUGUUCAUCAUUAUACGGGCAAUAAUCUUGAACUAGGAACUGCUUGUGGAAAAUACUUUCGCGUGUGUACUCUUUCUAUCACCGAUCCAGGAAAUUCUGAUAUAAUUAAGUCCACUCCUACGGGCGAUCAAGCUUAAGUAUUUGUUAUAUGAAUUCAUCUAAAAAAUAAAAAAAAUAAACCUUAAUGGAAUCAA